AACGGCGACCAUCCUCCCCAUCCUACCUAUCCGAGCUACCCUAGGUAAGUUUAAUUACCUAUCUAUCCUCGGGAAAUUUGCCUUACUAUAGGUAUCGCUCCCACCCUACCUUACCUACUGUACAAAACAGUACUGUACUGUAAAUAUCUUACCUAUCUUAUCUUACCUUGGGCAUCCCAGGCGUGCUGAGUGCCGAGUGCCGAAUGUUGACGGGAGCGGCUGAAGCACAGCCUUGCCUUGCCUUGGGUAAGGUAGUCAGCCGAGUCAGAUCCCGAGCCGCGCCAUUUUAGCGUGGCCGGUCUCUCGUUUGUUUACAUCGGCCUUCAUUCAGCCUCAACCAGAACGGCCAGCAACACUGCAGUCGCAUUCUACUGAACAUUUCAAAUUGAAAGGCAAUCAUAUUACUUUCGUUCCAUACCAUCCCUCGACCGUGCACAUUCUGCGUCUUACCGCUUCUAGAUAGGCAAACAUUAUUUGGUCGAACCAAGAACUUGGGAUCGGACCCCGCUGUGCAGUAUCUUCGAACCAAGACCUAACUGCAGGUCCGACCCUGCCCUUCCAUCGCGACUACCUCGUAACAUCACGCAACUGACAGGUUAUCACACAUGGCUAACUCGUACAAACCAUCACCCCUCUCCUAUGGAUCCCCACGAUCAUCGCCUUUCAGACGUCCCGAGAGCAAUCCCACAUCUCCAUCACCGCUACGUCAAUCAACACCAAACCCGUCCCCGACGAAGAUGGCUACAGCUUCAGCGACCACACCCUUGAGACUGGCGCGUAAUACGACACCAAGUACAGACACAGAGACAGAGACAACUACAUGGACCCCAAGAGGUCUUGCGCCUGCGCAGAGGGAGAGAGAGUCUUCGCCAACGAGGGGUGCGACGAGUCCAGGAUUUGGAGGAAUGUUAACAGCGAGGCAAACAGGAGAUAUUAAUUCGCUCUCAAGAUUACAAGCGGCGCAGGUCAGAGAACUGCGAGAGUGUUUUCAGAUAUUAGAUAGAGACAGUGAUGGGCAAAUCGGAAGGGAGGAUGUUGCGGAUAUGUUGACCCAGCUUGGUCUGUCCGCAAAUACAUCAGAUAUUACUCCCUUCUUUCCAUCGUCCACAUCACAAACCGUUACUCUACCAACAUUUCUCAAUGCAAUUGCUCUGCAACUGGCAGCACUCAGCCCAUCAGCGGAACUUCUUUCUGCGUUCUCGGCAUUCGACGAAGAUGACAGCGGACAAAUUGACCUAUCCGAGCUGAGAGAUGCAUUGUUACACACAGCACCUGACCCUGGAGAGAAGACACUGACGGAACGGGAAAUCGACAGAGUUAUGAGUGGAUUUACAGGAAGGAGGGCUUUUGGGAAACAUGCUAGUGGAUUGGGGAAGAGGGGGGAGGUAUUCAAGUACCAGGAAUUUGUGAGUAGUGUUGCUGGAGGAGCAAAUAUAGAGAGGAAGGACGAAAGCGAAAAUAAUGACGAGUGAGAAAACUAUGGGCUGCUGAAUGUAUUCCAUCAGCGUCGUGAUUGAUGAAGGAAGGUGGUCCAAGUACACGAAGUCAAUACUUCUGUUCAUGUUAACAGUAUACCGCUAGAAUGUGGAUGUUUGUUAAGCUUGGGACAGACAUACAGGAUGUCUUGUGGUUUCUUGAUUAUAUUAUUGG